GGAGUCAGUUAGCGUUCCCUCCCACUGAGCUCCGUCCGCCUCUCCGGCACUCUGUCUGCCGAGACCGCCGUCAUAUUGGUUGCUACAAGCCGCGUCGACCGCGGCAGAAAAGACCCCACCAUGAUGAGCAACGGGGCUGUCGCGGUAUUUAAAGAAGGCUUGACUUUUUAAAAAAGUAUUUUUUAUAAGUAUAUUUUUAAAAUAUCGGGAUGGUACCGCCAGGGAUUUUUGUGCGAGUUUUGGUUUCCGACACCGUGGUCCGCAAGGGGGAUCUAUGCCCAACUUCUCUUAAUAGCCAUUUUUUGCAGACAAAGAGAGCUGUUGAGUAAGGCUUUCAGGAGGCUCACGGGUCCAAGUGGCCCCUGUUCAUGAAGAAAGUAGGCAACAUGUGGAGCAACCUGAAGAGCAGAUGCCAAACACUCUUUCACAGCUCAGGACCCAGUGAAAGCAGAGUUGAGGCAGAUGCCGUCCACUGUGUGGUGGAUCUUGGUGAAGGAAACAGCAUAGCUGAGGCUCCAGGACCACGAGCCUCCAGCCCAUCGUGGGGCUUCCUCCCAGUGCCGGUGGUAUCUACAGGACGGCGUCAUCACAACUGUGUGUCAGACAUCCCACAGAUUGUAGAGAUCAGUGUCGACAAGGAGUCUGAGGAUGCACGAGGGGGUACAGGGGGUAUUCCCCUGGCACGAAGAGACUCCUAUUCUCGUCAUGCUCCAUGGGGGGGCAAGAAAAAGCACUCGUGCUCUACCAAAACCCAGAGCUCUUUGGAGACUGAGAGGCGUUCCGGGCGCUUAAGAGGAAGUGGGAACCGUAGGGACAGACGUUAUGGAAUCAGUUCCAUUCAGGAGAUAAAUGAUUCUGUCGCCGGGGGACGCAGCUUAAACACUCGUUCUUUGCGCCAGCGGCUGAGUGACACGGUUGGGUUGUGCUUACCUUUACCUGCACGCAGACGCUCCCGUUCAUCUAAGAAUCCCGUUACCUCCAAAAGGAAGAUUCACCUGACAGAGCUCAUGCUGGAGACCUGUCCCUUCCCUCCAGGUUCCGACCUUGCUCACAAGUGGCACUUGAUCAAACAGCACACGGCACCAGUCAGUCCGCAUUCUUCCACCACCCUUCUGGAUGCCUUUGACCCAACCCACCCUUCACCCGAGGAUGAGGAGGAACGUCUACGGGAGCGGCGAAGACUCAGCAUCGAGGAAGGUGUGGACCCACCACCUAAUGCACAAAUUCACACCUUGGAGGCCUCAGUGCCAGGCUCCUCUCUCUACAAACUGGGACCAAAGAUGACUCCUGGCAUGGGGGAGGCCUCUGGGGAAGGUCGGUCCAGUGGGGCUGGCAGUUCUCUGGGUGCUGUAUCAUCGGGGACCUGCGGGCAGGUGCUGGGUGCUGCAGCGUCAGCCCAGGACUGUGAUUCUGAGGAGGACUCGACCACCUUAUGUCUACAAGCCAGGCGGCCCAAGCAGAGGCACGCUUCUGGGGAAGGCCACGUGAGUCGACAGCAACACGGGCCAUGGAAGGUUCACACCCAGAUAGACUACAUCCACUGUCUGGUGCCAGAUCUGCUCCCGAUUACAGCUCUACCCUGUUACUGGGGAGUCAUGGACCGUUAUGAGGCUGAGGCCCUGCUGGACGGCAGGCCUGAGGGCACCUUCUUGCUGCGCGACUCAGCCCAGGAAGAUUACCUCUUCUCUGUUAGCUUCCGCCGUUACAAUAGAUCCUUGCACGCACGCAUUGAGCAGUGGAACCACAACUUCAGCUUUGAUGCUCAUGACCCCUGCGUUUUCCAUUCUUCCACUGUUACAGGGCUGCUGGAGCACUACAAGGACCCCAGCGCUUGCAUGUUUUUUGAGCCGCUGCUUACCGCACCCCUCAACCGGACCUUUCCCUUUUCCCUGCAGCACUUGGCACGAGCCGCCAUCUGCUGUUGGACCACUUAUGAUGGUAUAGGCUCUCUGCCUCUGCCCCCUGCCCUUCAGGACUUCCUCAAGGAGUAUCACUAUAAACAGAAAGUACGAGUUCGAUGGCUAGAGAGGGAACCUCCGCUCAAAGUUAAAUAGGGUGGACUUCUCCAUAGCCGCAGGAGGAUUACUGGACCUUUCAAAUUCCUCAGUUUCCAGUUAGUCUGAUCUGACAUGGAUUUGUUUCUGGUGGGGUUUGGAAUUAGUUAUAACAAGCUAUACAACUUUAAUUCUAAUCUUUUGUUUUGGUUAUUACUUACAUCACAGAAAAUACAUAUUAUCUUCAGUGUGACACUGUCUGGCAAGCAUGUUUUCAGGUUGUUUUGACAAAGAGGAAAGUCACAAGUGUGAGCACUUGGUGCCUCUUCUCUCCUGUUUCGGGCUACACGCCUGCCUGAUCCCACCGUUCCACCCUUCUUGUAGACCUGCCUGCAUGCUUCCACUGUUCAUACCAAAUUACUUUUUGCCAACAAGGCUAUGUUGUACAGCUGACUCUUUGCUUGCUUGCUUUUUCCCCCCCUAGCCCUUUACCUUAAUUUUUUAAGUACCUAGUUGAGCACCUUUCCAUGACAAGAUGUGUGUGGGUUCAGAGGGCAUCUGUACGUCACAGUGGUUUCAUUGAUGGAGCUGCAUGAGACACAUUCAUGACUGUUUCAAUCAAGGAAAGCAUCUUAGGGGUUCGUAGAGUGAAGGACAGCACACGUGGGAAACAAAGGGCUUUACAUUAGCCAGUUCCCCCCAUAGCAACCAUGAGAAUUUUAAAAAUUAUAUCUUGAGCAAGCCGAUUCCUACAGUUCAUGUUUUACAAUGGCUGUCUUUCUGUUAACAGCCACAGGCACUUAAUGUGUAUGUGUGCUGUUCAACAUGUCAUGGCUCAUUUUAGCUUUUUCCAUGUGAAAUGUGGGUUAGAAUUGUUGCUAUUUUUUAAAAAAAAACUACGGUGGUUGAAGUGUUAUGCUCUCCACUAAGCUGUGAUGAAGGCCACUGCUGUUAAACACAUUGUAGCCCCGAUGGCCAGUUCCUCAAUCACUAUCUAAGAAACGUCCCUUCUUGACUGAAACUGGUCAUGUGAAAGUUUAAAUCCAAAUCUUUAUUUGGGAAUCUUCAUCACAACAGACACCAGCGGUGGUUCUGUGAUAGCUGGCACUGCAGCGUUGGCACUUAAUCCUUUGAUUCCCGUUGAUUGUGAGAUAGGGUGUCUUUCUGCUCUCUGCCAGGACACAUUUGGAAGUCUGACAGUUUGGAUAUAACAUGGGCCCUGGUGUAUUUAGCUUCACCAUUUUUGCAACUUUGAGUCCAAGCAGCAGAAUAUUGAUUGUUCCUAAGAGCUUUGAAUCUGUUUUCAGACUAAAUCACUUCAGGGAGGCCCGUUUCUGCCACCUUUUCCAAGGUAGAGCCCAAACAGCAAACAUUCUGUCUAAGUUUCUCUUGUUUUGUGGUCAACCGCUUCAUUGUCCGAAGAAGUUGCAUGAUUGUUUCAACAUCCAGCUCAAAACAAAAGGUGCAUGAGCUGUAAGCUCACUAACUUAUGGUGCACAUUUAAAGCUGCAAUUAAAGUGGUGCUAUGUUGAAUUAAAACCUGAUCAUUGAAGUAGGCUGCACAUUAGUUCAAUCUAUUCCCUCACUAAUGCAUGCAUUAGCCUCUGUGGAGUACUAUUAGCUUGUUUGUAGGUUAGUAGGUGGCCAUGCUGCUCUAGGCAUGAUGUCCAGCUCACAUGCAGAGGAUCUUUCCAGCAACUUGACACAUGGCUGUAAUAAGAGGCCAAGAAAAUUCCUCUGAUGACAAAGCCCAGCCUGGUGUAGAACUGGUUGAUGGGUUGGAGUGUUUGAACUUGGAGUCGGUUGGGGAAUAAAUAGUUAAACACAACUAGAAUUACAUGGACGCAGAGUGGUUUUCCUAAUAAUUGGUGUUAAGUUAUCAAAAAGCAAAUUUAAAGAAAUGAAUUGAAAACAUUUGUUUCAUAAAUCUCAUACUUUCCUGAAAAGUCUUGAGUCUGUGAACAGGUUAACUGAAGGCCUUUUGCCCUGUCAGACUCGUUCAGCUUUAGCUUACCUUAAAACAGGUAAAAAUAUAAAACCAUCUCUUACAAACAGGUUUCCUCAUGCAUGUUUUCCACUGAAAUUCCCUUAGUUUCCAGAAUAAUCGUUUUUCAGGAAUCACACCCAUCAUUCACUGGGUUUGUUGGCAGCAUCGGCUGAUGGCAUAGCCCCAUCAGUCAGUCAUAAAGUAUCUUUGCCACGCCGAGGCAUGCGUUCGCUGGGUACUAAAAGAGUUUCUAUGACCGGCUCUGCUCACAUGUGCCCACAUCCCUGACAUCCCUGUGAUGUGGAGGUGACUUGGUUGCCAUGAAACGUCUAGCCCGUUUGCCCUGCACUCGCAGAGCUGCAGCCAGACCAUCUGGAGUUGUUGGUUUGGCAGGAGCGUGCUCAAAGGCAGCAAGGGCUUUCAUGAGGAGAAAAAAAAGCACUUUAAUUGUGUCUCUGUUCUACAGGUGCAGUCUGAAAGUAUGGUUACGUCGGGGUGUUUGUUUUUGUUUGCCCUUUACUCCAGCGUAUUGAGCAGAAGUCUUUAGGCAAACUGAAGUCAUGCUGGAUUCACCACGUGACUGUUGCCUUUUAAAGAGAGCUUCUUGCCGCUGGAACAGACAAACAUCUGGAAAUGGCCGACUGUCCGCAUACUUGACAGGCUUGGAUGUUUGUCAUGAGUGUUACCAAAAGCAAAGAGGGAUGCCAGCCGCUUGGAAUGAGUCUUCUCUUUAGGUGCUGUAGAUGGUGUGGAUGGAGUUUUCUCGGUCUCGCUGCAGACGCUGUGCAUGUUUGUGUUAGCUUAUGGAUAGAGCCACAUGAGGGGGAGGGGGGGUUCCCAUGGGAGGGGGAGCAGAGUCUAGUGUGAGGGGUGAAUACAGUGACUCCAAUGAACAAUGCCUCUCUGCCCCCCAUUCCAUCCCCCUCAUUCUCAGGCAGGCCCGUUGCAAAGGAGAGUCGGCAGACCCUCGCGACCCCGUUUUCCCCAUGGGAAAUAUCUGACAUUAACAGUAGCACAUGUUUGCCAUAUAACCUGUAGAUUUAGACAAAAUAAACAUUGUAUGUAUGUAUGUAUGUAUGUAUGACGUAUGUUGAAUUUAUGUUCUAGCUUGACGAAAAGACUUUAUUCUCUCGUGGUGCAUAAACUGUCUGGGACACUCAUUUUUGCACACACACUAUCAGCUCUUCUUCUGACACCUGCACUACCCUGAGGAUUUACACCACCCCCCUUCACACACACACACACACACACACUGAAAGGAUGUUGGACCACCUUCAGCCAGCACCGCCUUUCUUUUUAUUUUUCCCUUCAAGAACAGGAAGAGUUCACAUUUUGUUCAGAAACGCCAUUUGACUGUCAUCGGUACCACAUUGUUCCGCUGCACUGUUGGCAGGAAACCACUGGGUCUGGAGGAAGACUGCCUGAAAUCGUUGGCUGUCCCAUUUAAAGCAUCCUUGAACCCCACCCCCCUCUCUCUCUGGUACGACUUUUGGUUUCAGAUCCUUUCAAAAGAACAAAAAAAAUAUUUUUUUUUAAUUUCCCAUAUAUAUUUUAAAAGCUGGGCUGAGUGCUAUAUGCAAACAGAAAAGAUGUGUGAAAGUUCCUUUCAUUAUUACUUCUCCCUAAUAUGCAAAGGCGUGUAGUUGAACGAUUGUUGCAAUCCUCUGUCACUUUAAUGCUUUAUGUGCACACCGGUUGCUGUGGAUGUGGGUGCCGAGGCAACGGGACUUGACAUUGAUGGGAACUAAUGGUCGUGGCUCUGCAGCAUCGCAGUGUUCCCAGACCGCCUUACACGUUCGGGUCCAUCACAAAAGCCCUGUAAAAUGAGGUGUGUGUGUGUGGGGGGGGCUCAGGCUGACGUGCUGUCAUUGGGCGGAUAUCACUGUUCUGGUUUUCCUCAGCUUCUCCUGAUGUGUUUUCUCUCUUCUUCUUCUGCUGUCAGAUUGGACUGGGCACGUGUAAAUGGCAUUAUCAUGUUCAUGUUUCACUCUGUUCUGUGUAUCUGUUUAACCAAUCAAGAGAGAGGACAAAACAACCCUGUUUUCCAAUAUAACCUGUUCAUUUUUAAGUCGUAUCAUGCAACACUUGUAGCUGUCACUCUUGGUGCUUGGCUUAUGCUUCAUUGUCUUAAUAUUCCAAAUAAAAUUCUUUUAAGUGUAA